AUGCAUGACGUCAACACACGGUCAAAGCAUCAAGGCAUCAAAGACUUCCACCGCUCCCUCUUCAUCUUCCUCCUCCUCCACCUCGUGUCAUCGAUCAUAAACAGAGAGGGGCGCGCGCGCGUGUGGGGUGGGGGCGUCACAUGUGUCGCCUCCAUUGUGCGCAUCAGGGCGUGGGCCGUGAUGCUCUGCGCUCUCUCUCCUCCUCAGCAUCUUCUCCAGACUUUAGACUCAGCUCCAGACUCGGCUCCAGACCGUCAUGGAUCAUCUGCUUGA